CUAUGUUUGCCCAACUGCCCGGGCAAGUUCAGAUUCUCUGGCCAUCUCGGCGUGUGCUGCUUCUUUGAAAACUCAGUGGAAAGAGAGCAGGCAAAUUUGGUGGUGUGUCGAAAGAGCUCGAAACUCCGGAGGGAGGUAGGUUGCAUUAGCAGGGACUGAAAGGACAUUCUCGGACGCCAGACACGCUGAGCGUGGUGUGCACAGGAUGUCACAUGACAUAGGAAACCAGCACAAGUCACCAUUCAGGGAACAGUGUCCUACGCAAGCUCAUUUAGAGAGGAACAAGCCUCUGUCAAAGAAAGAAAACACCCCAACGGAGGACGGCAGCAAAGAGAGAGGCAGUAUCUGCAGGAUGGUCUCAUUACAUCAGGUGGUAUGUUUUAUCUUCUUUGCCUCAGUUUCUAGUGAAUGUGUCACUAAGCUCUUCAAAGACACCUGCUUUCAAGGAGGUGACGUAAGUACUGUCUUCACACCGAGUGCCAAGUACUGCCAACUGGUCUGCACCCACCACCCACAGUGUUUGCUCUUCACAUUCAUGGCUGAGUCAACUUCGGAUGAUCCUACCAAAUGGUUUGCCUGCAUCCUGAAGGACAGUGUCACAGAAACGCUGCCAAUGGUGAAUAUGACAGGAGCAAUUUCUGGAUAUUCCUUCAAGCAAUGCCCUCAUCAAUUAAGUGCUUGCAGCAAAGACGUGUAUGUGGACCUAGACAUGAAGGGCAUGAACUAUAACAGUUCUGUUGUGAAGGAUGCUCGGGAAUGCCAAGAGAGAUGCACAAGUGAUGCCCACUGCCACUUUUUCACAUACGCAACAGGGCGUUUUCCCAGUGUGGCGCAUCGUAAAACUUGUCUUUUGAAGUUCACUCAAACGGGGACACCAACCAGAAUAACAAAGCUCAGUCAUGUGGUAUCUGGAUUUUCCCUGAAGUCCUGUGGACUUUCUAACUUGGCUUGCAUCAGGGACAUUUUCCCUAACACAGUGCUUGCAGACCCCAACAUUGACAGUGUGCUGGCCCCAGAUGCUUUUGUCUGUCGGCGGAUUUGUACCCAUCACCCCAGUUGUCUGUUUUUUACAUUCUUUUCCAAAGAAUGGCCAAAAGAAUCUCAAAGAAACCUUUGCCUCCUUAAGACAUCUGAAAGUGGAUUACCGAGCUCACGCAUUGCAAAGAGCAACGCCCUUUCUGGCUUCAGUCUCCAGCAUUGCAGGCAUAGCACCCCAGUAUUCUGUCAUCCGUCCUUUUACAAUGACACCGAUUUCUUGGGAGAAGAAUUGGACAUUGUUGAUGUGAGAGGCCAUGAAACCUGCCAGAAAAUGUGCACCGACGCCAUCCGCUGCCAGUUCUUUACAUAUUCCCCAUCUCGAGGGUCUUGCAAUGAAGGGAAGGGCAGAUGUUACUUAAAACUUUCCCCGAAUGGAUCUCCGACUAGAAUACUUCAUGGGAGGGGCGGCAUCUCCGGAUACACACUGAGGUUGUGCAAAAUGGAUAAUGUGUGCACAACCAAAAUUAAGCCCAGGAUUGUUGGAGGAACCGCAUCUGUUCAUGGUGAGUGGCCAUGGCAGGUGACCCUACACAUCAGCUCUCCUGUCCAGGGACACCUGUGUGGAGGAUCCAUCAUUGGAAACCAGUGGAUACUGACAGCUGCUCAUUGCUUCUCUGGGGUAGAGAUAUCUAAAGACUUGCGUGUCUAUGGUGGCAUCGUAAAUCAAUCAGAAAUAAAUGAAGAUACUGCUUUCUUCAAGGUUCAAGAAAUAAUAAUCCAUGAUCAAUAUAAGAUGGCAGAAAGUGGGUAUGAUAUAGCCCUGCUGAAACUGGAAUCAGCCAUGAAUUACACAGAUACUCAGCGGCCGAUAUGCCUACCUUCUAAAGGAGACAGGAAUGUGCUGUACACAGAGUGCUGGGUGACUGGAUGGGGGUACACCAGAUCACGAGGUGAAAUACAAAAUACUCUCCAGAAAGCCAAGGUACCAUUGGUGUCAAAUGAAGAAUGUCAGACAAGAUACAGAAAGCAUAAAAUAACCAACAAGAUGAUCUGUGCAGGAUAUAAAGAAGGGGGGAAGGAUGCAUGCAAGGGAGAUUCUGGAGGGCCGCUGUCCUGUAAACACAAUGGGGUCUGGCACUUGCUGGGCAUCACCAGCUGGGGUGAAGGCUGUGGUCAGAAGGAAAGGCCAGGUGUCUACACCAACGUGGCCAAGUAUGUGGACUGGAUCUUGGAGAAAACUCAAACGGCAUGAAAGAGUUCACUAGGUAUCAUAUGGUGGCCCUGGAAGAUUAUUCUACAGGAGAAGGCUUGACGCCACUGAUGAGCACACUGGAAUGCUGCAUCCUCCCUCCCCUGAAACAAACUGAAGGAGAUUGAUGAAUGUAAGAAAAUACAGACAGAAAAUUUAUUUUCAGAACUCCUGAUCUGUGAGACUCAUAGCUUGUUUUCCACAUCCACGUUCAUCUACUCAAUGAAACCAAUGCAACAAGGGGAUUUUUUUUUAAGAUAAAAAAUAUAGCAGAUAUACCAAGAAAGUAUCAAGCAGUGGUGCCAUUUGCCUUUUAGUCUCUGUGACAAACACCCGAAGCAGUUCAUGGGAAGAAAACUUCUCUUGCCCGUCGUUCCAGAGGUUUCAGCCUCUGCUCUGGUUGACUGGCUCCAUGGUUUUAGCCCGAGGUGAGGCCGAACAAUAUGGUGACAAGAGCCUGUGGAGGAGGAGUUGCUUGUCUCAUGGUAGCUGGAAAUCAAAUGGAACCAGGAAAGUAUUGGGGACGAGACUGGUCCUUCAAAGACAUACUGUCAAUCACCUGCUUCUUCCAGUGACAUCCCACUCCGUAAAAUUCCUGUUCCUUCUCAGAUAGUGCUACCAGCUGGAGACAGCUCACAUUUGAACCCUCACAGGCACCAUGAGAUCAGGUAGAAAUGCCAAGGGAACCAUAUAAAGAAUUGUUAAAUUCAAAAUGAAAAUCAAAAGAAAUGUGGACAAGAACACACAGUGUCCAUUUAUAGGAACCUAUUCUUCUCUGCCUAUGUGAAUAAAGGAAGCUUGACAGAGUUUAAUGAUGGGUUUUGAGAGAAACAAACAAAAAAA